GAUGAACCUGUGUCGCCUUCGAUCUGCUGCCUGAUUUCAAAGAGCAGCAUCAACUAACGAUUUGUUUGCAAGACCAGCAAUUUAUAAGAUCUACAAAUCAACGUCACACUGCAAGCUUACAAUCGGUAUCAUUAUGAUGACGGUGGGAUGAUGGCAUUGAUAUUCUGGAUCCAUCGUAACACAGGAAGACGGGGGCGAGCGUCCGCGUUGCUCUCAGCAUAGUGGGAACAGUCAGAAACAUUUGCAGUAGUGUCUGCUCGGCAUGGCAGGUUCGGGAGCUGUAGGCAGACUAGCACAAAAGUUAUGGCGCUUUGGGCGCGUUGUAGCCGGCCAACCAAUACCAGAAACUCACCCUCAUCUUCUCUUGGAGGGCCAGCUGUGGCCGGGAGUGAGUGCAGCAGAGUUUGCCACACGAAGGAGGCGCCUGGCAGAUGCCAUGCCUCCUGGAGGCAUUGCAGUUGUCCCUGCAGCCUCCCCAGUCUUCAUGACCGGCGCAAUCCCAUACCAAUACCGCCAGGACGCUGAUUUCCUGUACCUGACGGGCAUAAACCAGCAGGCGGUGGCGGUCAUUGAGGCCUCCUCCCCCAUGCGCGAUGGAAACUUCACCCUCUUCAUCCAGGACUCCAACCCACAGGCAGAGGCGUGGAAUGGGACGCCGAUGAAUGCAGAUGCGGCAGCUGAGGUGUUUGGGGCGGAUGAAGUGUACCCCAUGUCUGAGCUGGAGCAGCAGCUGGAGGCGAUGGUGGCUGUGUCGGGGGCGGUGUUUUAUGACCGAGGAGAGGAGCGCACAACUGCGCCCUGUGAGCACGGGCGGCUGCACCAGGCGAUGCUCAUAGCGCUGCAGCAGCGGAGAGUGCACCCGCUCAAGCCCACGCUGCACCCCAUGAGGCGCGGUCCUGAGUGGCAGAAGUCGGCGGCUGAGUUGGACCUGAUGCGGCAGUCAGCAUCGCUAGCGGCCAAGUCGCUGACGCGGUGCAUGCAGCUCACGCGGCCGGGCGUCGACGAGCACUUUCUCGGCGCAACUUUUGAGUACGAGUGCAAGGCGCGGGGGGCGCAGCGGCUGGCGUACCCGGUUGUGGUGGCGGGCGGGGUGGACUCCUGCAUCAUCCACUACCUGCAGAAUAACAAGAGGGUGCACGAGGGGGAGUUGCUGUUAAUGGAUGCGGGGUGCGAGCUGCACGGCUACUCCAGCGAUGUCACGCGCACGUGGCCCGUCUCCGGAACGUUCACUCGCCACCAGCGCGAAGUCUAUGAGAUCGUGCUGGACACCCACAGGCAAUGCCUGGAUAUCUGCCGGGCGGGGCGGACGCUGAGGGACGUGCAUCACAUGUCAGUGCAGCUGCUGUCAGAGGGCGUUGCCUCCCUCGGCCUCUUCCCCGGCCUCGAUGCCGGCGCCAUCGCGCACAACGCCUACCGCACCGUCUACCCCCACUCCGUCGGUCACUGGUUGGGAAUGGACACGCAUGACACGCGCUGCAUCGGCCACGACGCUCCCAUGCGGGCGGGCGUGGUGCUCACCAUAGAGCCGGGCCUCUACAUCCCCAACGACCCGCAGCUUUACGGCCCGUACGCGGGCAUCGGGGUCCGUAUCGAGGACGACGUUGCCGUUACGGGCCUUACGGACCCCGAGGUCCUCUCCGCGGGCGUCCCUGUGGACGCGCGGGAGAUUGAGCUCCUGGUGCAGGGGAAAUGAUGCGACCCUGUCAAAGGUGCAUGAGAAAAUACUAGGAUUUGUUUCGCAGACUUUGUUGCGUAUUCUUUGGUCGUGUACCACCAUGUUAUACCUACUAGCACUAGCGCUCCGUGCAGCUUCGAGUUGGGGCAGCAGUUUUGUUGCGGUAUUGACUGCUUGCAACUCUGCUGACUCUUGUGACUAAGAGGCGUGCUCGGUUCCUGUACACUAUGUUCACCGGCAUCAGUGGCGGUCUUAUUCUUUACAAGCCUUGGACAAGCCCGAAGUGCAACCUUGGGUAUGUUCUGCUGCAGAACUUCUGCACAAGCUGUGGGUGAGUGUUGCAGAAUGGUUCUCUUGGCGUGCUCUAUGUGACAAGGGAGGGGAUUUCAGUUGUUGCAUUACCAUGAAUUCAAACAGACAUGAGAAUUACAACUGCGCAGUUGUGGCAUGCCGGAGACUUGCCUCGAGCGGGAUGCUAGAAUCCAGAGGCCAGUUGUGCAAAAUCCUGCACUGCUUUACAAAUAUAGAAUACAGUCACAGUGACUGCAAAGUGCAAAGCAAAAACAGGUGACAGUCUCUGGCAAAACUUAUUUCUAGGUCUCUUUGAUUGAUGGCCCUGGUUGUACUGCGUAAUAAGUUGCGGACUAAACAUGUAACAGUGCUAGAC